AUGUAUGGAGGGUAGCAACAGUUGCCCCGGUGAAGGCUAGGCGCCAUAGUCACGGUAGUCCUGGCGACAAGAGCCAAGCAACCGGAGUCAACAACAACAAGCGGGAUCAAAAGGAAUAAACUUUAUCGACUAUUCAGGACAACGCCGGGAAAUACAGAACUGGUGCCUCAACGGAUUGGUUGCCAUGGCGACUUGUGGAUACUCUGAGGACCUUCAGCCUCAGCAGGCCAACGCAGUAACCAUAGCAACGCCUGCUACCACCACGCCCUCAUCUGCCAAAACUGCACACUUCCUGUCCGAGCUCCCGGCAGCCUCUGGAAGCGUUUCGUCGGCCAGCCAAGCGGCCAGGGCCUCUAAAGCAGGACAGGAUGCACUUUGUUCACAAGCGCCACCCACCCAGAGCCAGAAGGCAGUGGUGCCAACUACGCCCACGCAGCACUACGUGGGCCCUGAUAUCCAGCACGCUGCUGUCCAGAAGAGUAAUGGCCAGAGCGCUUCGCCCCAGUACAUCAUAGUGACUGUUACAGAGGGUUCGGCUCACUCCAACGACAGCCUGUCGGACUCCAGCCCACCUGCUCCUGGCAUCCCCACUCAGGUGGUCCAGGCCGUGCAGACUCCGCCACAGAGGUCAGUGUUGCAGGCAGUGACGCAGCCAACCAAGAGGAUUCAGACAGGCCACAUCAGCAGCCUGCAGUCUGUGCAUAUUAACCAGGAGGUGGAGCACGUUUACUCGGACCAGGUGCAGUACGUGGAUGGAGCAGAAGACGCGGCGUUUACCACAUCCGCAAUUCGAUCAAACAGCUUCCCUUUCUCCGACUCGCCCCUCUACACCCAGACCCCUCCCGCGUCCUCCUCCGCCUUCUACGAGGCCACGCCCAGCCCCGACUCGGACCUCCCCGGAUCUGUGACUUCGCAGGCGGUUUCCGUGGCGACGGCAGGAGCCAACAGCGGGGCUGGCGCUGCGGGAGCGGCGGGAUAUGUCAUCCAGGGGGGCUAUCUGUUGGGAGGAGGAGGCGCAGCAGCAGGUGGGGGAGGGGGAGCACAGAGUUACUCUAACCCCAACUCUCGCGCCCCUCCCGCUACUGUCCAGUGGUUAUUGGAAAACUACGAGGGGGCAGAAGGGGUCAGCUUGCCCCGCUGCACCCUCUACUACCACUACAUCCUGCACUGCCAGGAGCAGAAACUAGAGCCAGUUAACGCCGCGUCCUUUGGUAAACUCAUCAGGUCCGUCUUCAUGGGGCUCCGCACGCGAAGACUGGGCACCAGAGGAAACUCCAAGUACCACUACUACGGCCUGCGGAUCAAAUCCGGCUCCCCUCUGCUCAGACUCAUGGAUGAGCAGCAGCACAUGGCCAUGAGGCAGCAGCCUUUCUCACAGAAAAACAGGAUAAAGCCACUGCAGAAGACGCAGGGGAUCGCCAACGGGACAUCGGGCGUGGCGGGUCAGCAGCAGGCGGCGGGGCUCUCUGAUAUUUCAGCCCAGGUGCAACAGUACCAGCAGUUCCUCGAAGCAUCGAAGCUGCUGCCAGAAUUUGUGAAAAUUGAUCUGCAAGAUCAAGCCUUGCCUGACGGGAUCCACUUGGAGCACCUGAAGGCCUUCCAGGCUCUGUACAGAGAGCACUGUGAGGCUGUUCUGGAUGUGAUGAUCAACCUUCAGUUCACUCUGGUUGAGACUCUGUGGAAAUCCUUCUGGAGGUUCAGCCAGAGCAACGACGCAGAAUCGCUCAACCUUCACGACGAGUCUGAGAAACGGUUGCCCAGGUCCUGUUUGGUGGCUCUGUGCAAGUUUGAACCGGUGCUGCGCUGGACCAGGGACUGCGAUAACCUGCUCUACCAGACGCUGGUGGAGAUCCUGAUCCCAGACGUGCUGAGACCCAUCCCCAGUGCCUUAACUCAGGCCAUCCGCAACUUUGCCAAGAGUCUGGAGAACUGGCUGACGGGCGCCAUGAUGAACAUCCCUGAGGAAAUGGUUCGCAUCAAGGUGGUGUGCGUGGGCUCGUUCUCCCAGACGUUACGUCGCUACACCAGCCUGAACCAUCUGGCGCAGGCCGCCCGCGCCGUCCUCAAGAACUCAGCUCAGAUCAACCAAAUGCUCUCCGACCUCAACCGCGUCGAUUUCACCAAUGUGCAGGAGCAGGCAUCCUGGGUGUGUCAGUGUGAAGACCGCGUGGUCCAGCGGCUGGAGCAGGACUUCAAGGCCACGCUGCAGCAGCAGAACUCCCUGGAGCAGUGGGCGUCCUGGCUGGACGGAGUCGUCUCCCAGGUGCUGAAGCCCUACGAGCAAAACCCGGCGUCGCUGCCCAAGGCGGCCAAAGUCUUUCUGCUCAACUGGUCCUUCUAUAGCUCCAUGGUGAUCCGAGACCUGACUCUGCGCAGCGCCGCAAGUUUCGGCUCCUUCCACCUGAUCCGCCUGCUGUACGACGAGUACAUGUACUACCUGAUCGAGCACAGGGUGGCCAAGGCCAAAGGGGAGACGCCCAUCGCAGUCAUGGGAGAAUUUGCCAGCACCAUUAAGAACAGAAACUCUCCAGAUCUGGAUAAAGAAGAAGAAGAGGACGACGACGAGGAGGACAGCGAGGAGGAGAGCGGCGAGAUCAUGCUGCAGUCCAGCUCCCUGAAGGUGGACGAGGAUAAGUGCGACAUGGAGCCGCCGGCCAAGCAGCCCAGGACCAGCUUGAACCUGCACCACGCCCUGACCCAGGCCCACGGCGCAUCGCCCUGAGCUGACCGCGUGCGCUUUCACGUUUCAGAUCAUGCCAUCCUGUCCUGAAACCACGGUGGUCUGCAUCAUGUCUGUGAAACGUGGGAAUGUGGACGAGCCCAUCUCAGAUUUUUUAAAAUGUUUUUAAAUUUUUUUUUCUCUCUCUCUCUGUUCUGUACCGUUGUGUUGCUGUCGUUGACCUCUCUGCCUUCACUCGACCGUCUCCGGCCCUUCUCCCCUCGCUCCCUGUGCCUUUCCCCCGUCUGUCCAGCGCCCACGCCUGUAAAGCCUGACCUGUCAGUACAUUACGCUCUUGACUUCCCUCCUGUCCUGCCUUAACCACUGACCUGAGUGCUGUGGAGCGCUGAGAAUCGUCCCGUCUCCUUCAGCAGUACUUCUUUAACUCAAACCCAUUGCUUGCCUUUAAUGAAAUGACUAUGCAGUGGGGUGCAAGGGGGCGGGGGGAGGGUGUGCAGGACUUUAAUUAAUGUCUCUGUAAGAAACGGACAUCUAAGAGUAGCAUCUGCAACGAUACAGCAGCGUGAAUUAUGUCUGAACAGUUUUAGGUGAGGUUGCCAUAUUUUAUUUUAUUUUUUUUUUAGUUUGUUUUUGAUUUGGCCACCUAACUGAUGAUCUGUGCCUUUAAGAGAUUUCUAAUCUUAAGAAAAAAAAACUAAAAAGUUUGCGAUCUAUAUAAACACACACAUUCUAUUCUGCAUUGUGGAUUAAUAAAUGAAUGUCCUGUGAAGUGGUCUUGGUGUUGUCAUGAACUGUACGGUGAGUAACUAGUGUGCCUGUCAAAAGUAUUCACACCCUUUGAACGUUUUCUACUUCUUUGUUUGAAAUCGCAUCUCAGAGUGGACUUUGUUGGGAUUUUGUUGGGAUUUUUCAUGGAGCAGAUCACCGGGAAGUACUUUACGACUGUUACGUGGAAGGAAAAAAAUAUGUGCUUUUGUUUUUGUUUUGCAGUCAAUCAGAUAUUUGCAUAAAUCAUCUUUCAUCAACUCAAGUUUCAGCUUCAUGUCUCUUUGGGAUACGUUUCUACCACCUUUCUACGUCUAGACGCUGAAUUCUUUUCCCACAAGUUUUUUUUUUUUUUUCUUCUUUCUUAUUCCCGCUAAACAAAAAGUAUUCCCACAGCAUGUGUCCUCUGCUUCGCUUGUGGAAAACUGGAAAUCUGUUCAGACUAUUUAUUACAAAGAUAAAAUAUAACUAAUAUUUUCCAUCCACUUGAUAGUUGCUCAUUACUUCCAAGUGAUCCGUCACAUAAAAUCCCAAUAAAAAAAACAAAAAAUAUAAGUUUUUGGUUCUAAUGUAAAAAAAAAAAAAAAAAAAAAAAAAAAAAGUAUGGAUAAUUUUGCAAGGCGCUGUAUAUUUAUUUUAAAAAAAAGAUGGUGGCACUCCUGCUAGGUGAUGGUCUUUCUUUCUUUUCUCCCUUUCACCCAUCUUUAGGUUUACGUGCAACCCCUUCACACACACACACACACACACUCUUUCUACAACGCCGUGGCCCUCUUCAGCGGGUCACGUGGUCAGGCCAAAGCCCAUCCCGGCUCUUUGGGAACAUUUCCGUUGUGUCGUACCAGCCGCAGCCUGUCUCUAGAGGUUUUUGUAGAGAAGAAAGUUGAUGUUUAUUUUAUGAAAUGGCAUACUGUGGAUGAAUUUUAUUGCGUAUCUUUUGUGAAAAACGGUUAAAUAUCUAUACCUGCUCUAUUUUUUAAUGUCGUCUAACCAUUAUUGCCUUAAGAUGUUGUCCUAACGUCCAUCAUCCGGAGUGAAAACACGGCGCGUGUUUCCUCUGUGAUAACAGUCUCAGCAUGUGAAAUAUGGUGGAUCUGUGUGGACCCCCCUCACCCCCCCUGUCCCUCCUCCAAAGAACAUAAUGCUCACAUCCUGCAGCUUCUUGUGUUGCAUGAGCAAAACAAAAACAGACUUUUAUGUUCCAAGUGUAAAACUAAAAAUUCUAGCAGUGGGAUGUCUCUCAGGACCAUCUCUUCACUGAGAUCCCACCAAAGAUCUUUGCAAAGGAAAAAAAAAAAAUGUUCCGUUUAAAUGUACAUGACAGAAAUAUCUGACUUGAAGAAUAUAAAUUAACCUUUUGAUGUCAAAGUUUGUGAAUUUGUUCCUUGCUUGUAUUGGGGAACCUUUUUUCUAAAUUUUGUCCUCUUGAUGUUAUACUGGAGAUCUUUGUACUUAAACCUGUGAUCGACGUUUGUAGCUUCAUCCCUUCAAGUAAAGAGAUGUGAUUCCUCUCCA